AUGCCAUUGUCUUGUGGUAUCGGAGCCGAGAUCUGUCUGGGAGCGCUGAUGGUUGGGCGGUUCUUCCGCUUGCCACCGCUUCUCAGCGAUAUCUUCGACCGUUCUUCGGACAUGGUGGUCGUCGCUACUCGUGGCGAGGCGUCGGUGAUUAGGAGGGCUGAUGGCAUUGGGAAACGUCUCCGCAGUCCGGAUGGACACACCCCCUGGAAAGCGGGUACCUCCUACGCCGUCUACUUCGACUAUAAGAGGCGCAAUGACCCCGAGUUUAGGAGACAGCUCAGACGCAGCGCCAGGCGACAGGCCCGCCAGGAGAAGGAAUACGCCGAGUUGAGCCAGCAGGCCCAGAGACAACGGGUCAGGCAAAUGGUCGAUGAGGCCAAGGAGGAGGGCUUCCCUACCACUUCGGAUGAGAAGGAGGCCUACUUCCUCGAGCAGGUCCAGGCUGGCGAGAUCUUGGGUCAGGAUCCCACCAAGGCCGUCGAUGCCGCCCUCGCUUUCUACAAGGCCCUCAAGGUCUACCCCACGCCCGGCGACCUCAUCAGCAUCUACGACAAGACCGUCGCCAAGCCCAUCCUCGACAUCCUCGCCGAGAUGAUCGCCUACGACCCUAGCCUCAAGAUUGGCACCAACUACACCGGCGGCGUUGACGUUGCCGAGCUCAUGCGCGAGAUGGCCUCCGCUCCCGGUGUCGGUCUCGACUAA